AUGUUGAAUAAAUAUUUUUGUAACAAAAAUAUCGUGUAUCCUUCUAAAGGGUAUAACAACGGAAAGGCAUUUAUCAAUUUCUUAAGAUAUGUUUGCUUAAUGGUAUAUGUCAUUGGUUUUUUAAAUGUAUUUCUAGAUAAUUCGUAUGAAUAUAAUGGCUUAGUACAUGUAAAAUCUUUUAAUAAGUAUUCGAGAAAUUUAACUGAAGUAAAAACUCCUAAGAAUGAAAAAUUUAAAAAGAGCUUUUUUAAAAAUAAAAAAAAAUGUGAUAAUGAAAAUGAGGUAAAUAAUAAAGAUACUAAUAAAAGAAAUACUGGUGAACCCAAAAGUUGUUGUAGUGGUAAUUCUGAAUCUAAUCAAAAUGAAAAUGAAAAUGAUGAUGCCACAAUUGAUAUAAAUUAUAACGAUAUAUCCAUACAGUUGACAAAAGAGCAAUUAUUUGAUGUACUAAAUUCACUAAAAAAAGUACCACCAAAAGAAAAUCUAAUUCAUUUAUGGAAUCAUACACUUGGUGUAAAUAAAAAAGGAUUAGAUGAUUUAAUAAAAGAUUUGUUAAAAUAUUUUCCAAAGAAUUCAAUUAGCGAUCGUUUUGAAUUGUUAGAAUUUAAAAUGACGGAGGAUUGUUAUACAAAAAUGUGGUUUGAUUUUAUGAGUGAUUUUGGAAUAGCUACAAUGAAUGAAACCGAACAUACUAGAUCUUUUUAUGGAUUAAUCGAAAGGCAACCAUCAAUUGAUGAUAUAAGAAAUUAUAUUUUUUCCUUUUUAGAAGAAUAUGAACAGAAGUAUAAUGAAUUAUAUGAAAAAUGCAAAAGUCAGAUCUUUUCAUUAAAAAAAACUAAUAAAAAAUAA